AUGACCAAUCUCUCUGUAUUUAUCCCUGUAAGUCCAUUGUUUUAUGAACAAGUUGAUGGUCAAGUUAUCUACCCAAUAAAAGAUAAAAUGAUAGUAAGAGAAAGUCCAAUUAAUGAUAACUCAAUUCCCCCAGGAAGAAGGUAUCGUCAAAAUGAAUUAACUCAACAAAUUUCUAACAUCGAAAAUGAGAUUUUUCGGAUAACUCAAGUAAUAAAAGAUAGUAGAUCUAAUUCACCAAAUUUACAAUUAUAUUAUAACUCGAAAUUAAACAACCUUAAAUCUAUUCUUCAUCAAAAACAAAAACAUCUUUUACGAUUACAAAAAAAUGUUAUUGUUCAAAAAUCAAUUAGAAAUAAAAAACGUUCUAUUGAAACUCAAGACAAUUAA